GAGUGACGUCACCUCGGGUUGUCGUUCUAGCAGUUGUGCGCGCUAUUCCACUCCACUGUUUAUUGCUCCACCAGUGCAGGGAGGAGACGGACAGAUAUGAGCGCGCAGAGAUAAACUAUAUUUGGAUGUAUGAAUAUAUGGAUGUGGUCGCUGCGCUAGGAUUAUGCCAUAUUUGUACAUUCAAGAGGUCUAGAAGGUCCACAGUCCUGUGGCCAUCCAGUCUGCCACCUUCACCUUUCAAGAGGGUGCCAAUGCCAACCUAUUAGAAAGGAUUAACCAGAAUUUGCCACCUCACAUAAAGAGGUGAGAACAUCCCAUUGCCAUGGGGAACCAGCUGACCGAGAUAGCCCCCAACACUCCUUUCCUGCAAAACUUCCAGUCCUUACACGUUGUGGUGAUUGGCCUGGAUGCGGCUGGCAAAACCUCUCUGCUCUACAGACUGAAACUCAAGGAGUUUGUCAAGACCAUCCCGACCAAGGGCUUUAACACAGAGAAGAUCAAGGUAGCGGUGGGCAGCUCGCGGGCCAUCACCUUCCAGGUCUGGGACGUAGGGGGCCAGGAGAAGCUACGGCCCCUCUGGAAGUCGUACACGAGGCGGACCGAUGGCAUGGUGUUCGUGGUGGACUCCACCGAGACCGAACGUAUGGAGGAGGCCAAGGUGGAGCUUCACAAGAUCACCCGUACCUCGGAGAACCAGGGGGUGCCCGUCCUGGUGCUGGCCAACAAGCAGGACCUGGCCUCAGCUCUGUCUGUGAAUGAGGUGGAGAAGGCCCUGGCUGUCCAUGAACUGAAUGCCUCCACACUGCACCAUGUACAGAGCUGCAGCGCCGUGGAUGGACAGGGCUUACAACCAGGCCUAGAGAAACUCUACGAGAUGAUCCUGAUAAGGAAGAAGAUGGUGAAACACAACAAACAUAGAAAAAGAUAAGCCUUUGGUUGUCCUGAGUUACAGAGAUAUUUAUGUACUGACUAUGUAACUCUUUGAGCAGAAGUCCCGCCCCUUUAAAUAAAAAGGAGGGCUUUUUGGCCAACAAAGAUGGCCCAGGGGACAGGAGAAAUGGAUUUGGCCUUUAUGUGACAUGCAGUAUUGAUACACUGUGUCUUUCAUACCUUGUAUUAGCCACACAGCUGCCAUUUGGAUGCAAGAAAUAUGUAAUAGCCACAACAGGAUGUAGCUGCCUAUGACAUAUUUUAUCACACAAAGUUGGACUCACUUGUUUGCACCACAACACAUUAGGAAUAUGAUACUGAACUUUGAACUCUGUACUCUGGAUUUACAUGACACAUUUACAUGAUAUGAAGCUAAAUGGUAUAGAUAUCAAAUGGGACACCAAGGCUAUUACAGUAUUAUUAUUAUUAUUAUUAUUAUUAAUUAUUUUUUAUUCCAAGUGCAUUGCACUUAUACCACAGAGGUUAAGUUUCAGUUGGAUUCACACUGUUUUCAGAAGUUGUAAACUGUUUGUAACACUGAAUAAUUAAUAAAUCAGCACACUGUGUUAAA